CAUUCCAAAAUUUCGAAAACACUUCGAAAAUCUUUUCACUAACUUGGUGGAAAAUAUUAAGACGAAAUAUAUGCCUUCUGCUACAACAACAAUACAUGCGUACAAGCAUUUUAAUAAGGAUUACACGGAAGAUGACUUGAUGAAGGCCGGGAUUUUAGGAUGGUGCUUUAAAUUGCAAGACGUCCACUUGGUUAUCGUUGAUGACCUAAUGGAUGAAUCAGAAAUGCGUUACAGUAAACCAGUCUGGUACAGACAAGUGGGAGUAAAGCAAGCUAUAAUUGACUGUCUAAUUUUUGAAGCAAGUGCUACCUACCUAGUUUUAAAAUAUUUUUCUGAUCACAAGUAUUUUCCUCAAAUCCAGAAGGAGCUACUAGAUAACAUUUCACCCACUGAUACUUCACAAUUACUAGAACUUACAAAUUUUAACUUGGAAGACUAUGAAUUUUAUGAAAAUUUUGUGAAGUCUUAUCCAUUUUUAGUACAUAGUGUUACAUCCGUGAUGUACAUGGUUGGUAUUAAUGAUCCAGAGCUUCACUCUCUAGUGAAAAAGUUUUGUAUGGACGUUUGUAUAUUUGGAAAAAGAUAUGAUGAUAUUUCUGUAAUUGUAGAAUCAAUAAGUGUCGCUGAAAAAGACAACACAGAUAUAGCUUCUUCUAAAGUAACGUGGAUGGCUAUCCAAGUGUCCAAAAUAGGAAGCCCGCAACAAAAGAAAAGGUUUAUGGAACACUACGGUAGCUCCGACCCUAAAUCAAUUUCGAUCAUUUUUGAUCUAUACCAAGAACUAAAUUUAGUUGAACGUUUCGACAAAUACAUGAUGGAUUAUUAUGACGAGAUGUACGCACGAAUUCAGAAUAUGCCUCCACGGCUACCGAAAGAGUUUUUCUGUAAUAUAUUAGAUUUGUCCGUAUCAAAUAAGUUAUACGCUUAA